AGGAACAAUUAAACAUGUCCUCCAGCUCCUCGCAACCCAAAGCAAGCCCAUGCUUCAAUUAUCAAUCACCAAUACAAAAUAACACAGGAAAAAAGGAUGGAUAUUUGAUCUUACCAAACUUUAGCACAGAGACUGGCCCAAUCAAUCAAAAGCUGGCCAUCAUAAAGAACUCAGAAUGUCCAGAGCUACUCAAAGUAGCAGGCCAUACAAGCAAAGAGGAAGAUCAGGCGGCCCAUUGCCAUGAGAUGUUUUUCAAUCAGCCAUACUAUAUUGCAUCAGGACCCAAAGACGAUGAUCCUGUCUUUACAGCGCAGUUUUUCGGAGAGAAAGAUAUCAAGAACAUCCCACUCGCGUACAAAGCCAUGAGGGAGGCUCGCGAGAUAACUCACCGAAAGAGCACAGAUCGAAAUUCCCAAAACGAUGUAUCGGAGUUCGAGCAGCGAAUGAUUGGUGGUUCUAAAAAGAAGGUUCUUGAUAGAAGGGCAUAUGUCCAAGGCUUCACUAUUACACAGCAGCAGGAUGCGAUUUGUGCCGCUCAGUUAAACGCAGCCAUAAUUGCAAAUUCUGAGUCGAUUGGGAGGCUAAACCAGCUUGUCGCAAUAGCUGCUGGCCAUUUGCUAGCAAAUUGCGCGCCAAAAGAAGUUUUGGACCAUCUUGCCAAGCAGGCAGAAUCUGCUGUCCCUGUCACAUUUGGACACGAAGAUAACAAAUUCUUCUCAACUGUUCAAUACAAUUAUUCGGGUGUAGAAAUAGAGUCUUUAGAAGUGAGCCUUGGUAAUUUUGGCGCCCUACAUAUCGAUGGACAUGACGACCCAACACUAUGGACUGUGCUAUUAGUAUUAUCAAAUAUACCGGAGAGCUACUGGCCUGGCCGGACUUUCGUAUCUUCGCUUCGAAUAUAUGCGACAAUGGGGCCAAUGACUGCAUUGGUAUUUAAGGCGGUUCAUCCCCAUAUUAGUUUGGGUCCAAUCCCCAUGGGCAAAUCUGAGCGUCCGCGAUUAGUGGCUGUGUGCUACCCCAAGGAAAAAGUCAUGCGCGAAACUCCCACUCUAAUCCGUCGCUCAACACCAUUAAUCCUUCAAACAAUCAAAGGGCUUCGCAGCAGUCUACCAGAAGCACAUCCAAUAGCAAUUGCGGCUUUUGGAACUCGCAGGAAUCAGAUGGAAUUUUUGGCAAGGUUAGAAGCUCACGAUAAGACUAAGAUACAUCGCAUUAAUCCAUCUUUGAAGAUGCCCACGGCAGACUUGUUUGUGCAGCUGUGGAGCUGGGAGGAGAAUGGCGUCACCAUGACACCAAGAGUUUCUCGCAUCCAGGCUGUUUUAGAUGGUGACGGGGAGACGAGAAAGUGGUAUAUGGAUUACUCGAAGAAGUGCGUGUCUAUUUUGUCAAUGAGGUGGUUUGAUGGCAAGAAAAAAACAGAAACUAAUUGGGUAUCUAUCGAAAAUAUCGGGUCGACAUUUGCUCAUUUAGAUAUCCUCACCUCAUCCACUGCUACGCCUCUUGAAGAGUUCAACAAGUGGUCCAAGAAGACCAAUAGCCUUCCAGUAAUCAAGCGAAACUAUGGCAAGCUGCCCUACCUAUGUCCCUGCUGCGAAUUGAGGUUUGCUACCAAACAAAGGCUUCAGAAUCAUCACAAUCUUGCACACAAGUCCACACUUGAGUGGCAAAUGCCCCAGCCAUCAGUUGAUCCAGCCUACCAAAAGGGUAACGGCGAGUUUGAUGAAGAAGGGGAGAAAGUAGGAGAAGAACAACUUGCGGAAGAGACUAGUUCAAAUGACGAGAAAUCUUCGGAGGAAGAGGAACCUGGUGUUAAAAAGAGAAAGAGAUGAAGCUUUGAGGAAAGAUAAAGUUUUCGGCCUUAAACGACGGCGGAUUGACAGUAGGAGUGGCAUUCUGGUUUUGAAUCAAACGAGAAACA